CAGGAGGAAGAAAAGCAAAGUAGAGGAAAAGUCUCUGUUGGAGGGGAACCGGCCAGAGUGAGCUGGCUGGAAAGAGGGGGUGGAGAGCUCAGAGUCAGAGGAGCAGAGGCGGUUGCAGUCAUUGCCACUGCGGCAUCUGGUUUGAGCCUGAAAGAGGCGGGGAGGGACGCGCCUGGGCGGCCACCGCUGCCAUCGGGCCACAGGGCGAGAUGAAGCUGCUGCGGGAGCUCCUCUAACUUUCUGAAGGUGGAGCAGUAAGACGACCGGGGGCUUUAAGCCAGUUGAGGGGGAUGUCGAGAAGCAGUCAUAUCCCUGGACCCAACAGUCUUUCGCACGUCCGCCCGGUGGGGCAGUGAGCUAGGCGGGCGCGCGGGCUCCGUGGAGCGGCCCAUGUCCCUCGCCGGCGAAGCCCACGUUCCGGGGCCCGCGGGGGCGCAGUGCGCGGCCCUGGCGGGAAGCGGGCGGCUGGGCGCCUUGGCCCUGGAAAAAUGUGAUGAAGAAAAUACUGAGAGAUCUAUAACUCAAGCCACCCAAAGCUGUUUCACACAUGAAGAAAUGAAAGAUCAGUCUAUUUGGGGAAACUCUUCAGAUGAUGGACUCAUAAGAAGUCAACCUCAGCGCUUGCCUCAGCUUCGAGCUUCUGCACAGGAACUGAAUGAGGAGGAGGAAAUAAGCAAGAUAAAGAAUAGCCACACAAGUUUGAGCAAUGGCAAUGGAAUUCAUCAUGGAGUCAAACAUGUAUCUGCAGAUAACCAAAAACUCUCAGCACCUGUUUCUCAAAAAAUGCACAGAAAAAUUCAGGCCAGCUUGUCUGUAAACAGCAAUAUCAGUAAGAAGAACGAAGUAAAUGCUGUCUUUUCUCAAAAGACAGGCUCUUCACCUGAAGACUGUUGUGUCCACUGUAUCCUGGCCUGCUUGUUCUGUGAAUUUCUGACCCUCUGCAAUAUUGUACUGGGACAAGCUUCAUGUGGCAUCUGCACGUCAGAAGCCUGCUGCUGUUGCUGUGGAGAUGAAAUGGGGGAUGACUGUAAUUGCCCUUGUGACAUGGAUUGUGGCAUCAUGGAUGCCUGUUGUGAAUCAUCAGACUGUUUGGAAAUCUGUAUGGAAUGCUGUGGAAUAUGUUUUCCUUCAUAAAUAUUUAUCUUUUGUGUGUGUUAAAACUGGAGAGUUUUAAAAUCUGUCUUUUACAAUGGAAAGAAAAUCACAUGGUAAGAUUCUCAUGAAACAACACAAUACUUGCACUGUUAACUCAUUAUUUUAAGUAAUCCCUAAAAGCCUUUUUUCUGUACUAUACAUGGUUAAAUAUGUGAAAUUUUACCUAUUUUUGAAUUUGUACUUGGUUGCAAUCUUUGAGGAAUAUUUUGACAAAAACUAUCUCCUUUUUAAAUAUGUAUUUCUCAUUCUUUUAAUCAUUUUCAAAGUCUUAUUUCUCAAAAUAUAUUAUUUCUUAAUGGGUAUUUCAGCCAAUUUAUUUUGAUGUUUUUGUAUUAACAGCUAAAAGCAAGUAAGCAUCUUUUUGUUAAAGUAUGUUCAGGAAAGCUAGCCCACACACUAGGUAAGCACCCACAAUGUAUCAUCUCUGUGCUGUAUUCUCUACUCUCUGUGCUUGUUCAAUAGUGAGUGGCAUAUCCUGUAUAACCUCUUUCUGAGAUGCAUGGGUGAAUGUUAAUCAGUUCCCACUCAUACAACCAGAGGAGUAUGUAGUUUAGUAGUUUAGUAGAGGAGAGAUCUGUAAAGAUUGAACCAUUCCACAAGACAUACUGAAGAUUAAGGGAGAGCUUAAAAGGUGAAAGGAACACACACACACACACACACACACACACACACACACACACACACACACACAAACACACAAACACACACACACACCAACAACUAAUGAUAGCUUGGAUUUUCCAAAGACUUUAAGACUGUGGCAUUUGAGGAGGCCUCUUAAGAUGGGUGACUCAUUUGAUGUAUGACUGAAUUAUUUAGAUUUAGGACAAAGUUUUAAGUAAACAGCCUAAACUAUGUGUGUCCUUAAGCAGUUUAAAAAUGCUAUAAAUAUGUAUUUUUCUUCAGUUGUAGAAAUAAAAAAAUUGUUUUAACUAUAACAUUUAAUUCUUACAUUCAUAUACAUGAAAUAUUUUAUUAUUUUAUUUUGUAAAGAAUGUGGAAUACCUUUGACAAAUUAUCUUUAAAUUAGAAUUUUCAAUUCAUGGGGAGAGGAUAUGAACAGAAUAUUCACUACAGAAGACAUACAAAAGGCCAACAGACAUAUGAAAAGUUGCUCCAAGUCACUCAUUGUCAGAGAAAUGCAAAAAGACAACAAUGAGAUGCUACCUCACCCCCGUGAGAAUGUCAUACAUCAUAGACAGCAGCAACAACAAAUGCUGGAGAGUUUGUGGGGACAGAAGUUGAGAAAAAAGAACAGAAAGGGAAAUGUAGAGCAGAAUUUGACUGAAGUUGGAGUAUUGCACCAAAGUAAAAAAUCUCUGAGGGGGGUCAUGGGGGGUAGGGGUGGGAAAGGAUAGAUUUUCAGCUCCACUGUGGGGAGUGGGGAGGGGAAAGAACACAGACCUUUAGUGGCAGGAAUGGUGUUAAUAUAUUCUUCUAUUAAUCUAUAGCCUUAUAAAUCACUAUUCAAUCAAUAUGAGAGGGGAAAAAUAGAAUGUCUUGAGCUUCUUAAUGCAUAGACUUCAGUUCUGAGUAUAUAUUCCUUCAGUCUAAGCACUUAAGGUUUCAAAUGAGUAAACUGAUAGAAUUUUAACAUUGGGCUUAAAUUGUUAAUACAUUUCUAAUAAUAUCGCCUAUAAUCUUAGACCAAGGAGACCAGAAGUAACCAGCCUUGUCAGUAUAUAAAAUAUAGUUAUUUGUAAAUAGUAUUAAAUGACACAAAUUAUGAUAAGGUUUUAAAUAGUACAGUAAUUCUUAACCAUGGGAUUUUCAAAGUAAAUCAAGUUCCCAAAUAACUUGAUUAUAAUAAUUAGCUAUUGCCUUCUUAAACCUAAGUCAUCCAGGAAACUUCCUCAUUCUCUAUAAGCCCAUAUUUCUCCCAGUCCUGGAACCUAUGGGGUUUUGAUCAGUUUCCUUCAUGCUUUGAUUGAUUGAUUCUUACUACUUGAUACCGCAUCUGCUGACCUCCACCAAAUUAAUACAACCAGUGCCAUCUCGACAUAUUCCACUUCGGACUGUGUCCAGAGAUGCCAUGUGUGGGAUAUCAACCCUCUAGCCUCAAUACUAGGGUGAGACCUUUCCAAGCUCAUAGGACUCCUUAGUUCCAUUUCUGCUGGCACACUUCCUAACAAGGUUACAGAACCUAGAUAUAGACCAGGACCCAUGAGAUAGCUCAAAUGUGCACAUGUAUCCAUAAGUUGGGGGAAGAUAUAUACCUUAAAGUGUGCAAUAGUCUACAGUGACUCAAUAAGAGUAGCAAGCAGAAAGACCUAAAAAAAAAAAAAAAGACACAAUAAAGUACUUACUCACAUACUUUCUGCUUAGACCUAGAUACCUUCCUCACCUACUCUCUAUUUCACUUUCCUCAAUCACACUUAAGUCCAACUGUGUCAGGUAAACUAAGGACUACAAAAGCUGGAUAAGGGCAAGAGAACAGCACAAUUUAAUAAUGGCCCUUUUGGUCACUACUAAGCCACCCCAUUAUCUGCGACCCUUGUCAGGGAAUCCUUUGAUUCCCAUAUAGAUAUGAUGGGCUUAGACCUCUAACAGAUCCUUCUUUCCACCAUCACUGGUCAUCUUAAUAGAACAACACCAUAAACCCUCUUGUGGGCCUGUACAGGACAUCACCCUCAAUAUAGAACAACAGUGGUAGAAACUGCCCCACUCUCCAAAGCGAGACUGAGUCAACACACUCUGCCACUCAACGAAGACUGGUCCUGAAAUGAGUACAGCUAGAAUGUUCCUAGCUAGGAACAUGGAAUGUGAUCUCAGACUGACAGGGAUGAAGAGGUUACAGAGGCUCCUGUGCUAAAUAUGAAUAGACAUGGGCCCCAAAUCACAUCUAUAGAGCUUACAGUUAAUAGUAUUUAUAUGCUAUUCACAUAUUUGGGAGCUUCUAUAUGCCUUUAUCCAGCUUUCUAGGGCUAUUCUCAACUCUGCCACCAUCUUCCCAGUCAAAAUUUCUAGCCCACCUGCAUGUAAGAUGUUGGGCUCAGUCAAAAAUUAGUAAUGUCAUGGGCCCCUUGGAAUAUAUCCAAAAUAGAAUUCCUAGCUCCUUCUAACACGAUGACCCCAAAUUUCAGUUGCUAUAUUUUACCUUUAGCAUCGUGAUUAUUAAGCAAAUUUUUCUGCUUUAUACCUUAAUGCUUUACAACCACCAAAUUGAAGAUUUUUCCAUGAUACCAGCCUGACUUCCCUAGGCAGACAACCUCACCAAUGUACUCUAGAAUCCCACCUUCCCAGAGGUAGAAAGAUAGAAACAAGACAGGGGUAUGGAUAGACCUGUCAAUGACUGUAUCCAGCAAAGAAGCAAUUACAGAAGCCAGACAUCCCACCUUCUGUACCCCAUAAACAUAUUUGGUCCAUAAUCCCAGAGGGAUAAAGAAUAGGGAAACCUCUGAUGGAGAGGAUGGGAUAUGAAACUCUGGUGGUAGGAACUCUGUGAAUUGUACCCGUCUUAUCCCACAAUCUUGUCAAUUACUACUAAAUCACUAAUAAAAUUUUAUUAAUAAAAGGAAUUUUCAGUUCAGUUCCCAAUACUCUGAUUUUGACAUAUUUGAAUGACUUCCUUUGGGAAAGGAAGGGAAGUUGGGUUGGUCUCUAACUAGCAUUAUAAGUAGUCUUAAGUGAAGCAUAUUCUCUUCAAUGAAUUAGGAAUUUUGACAUCUACUAUUGUGAAUGAAUCUGUUGAAUUAAACUGAGUUAAAAUUAAACUAUUUAUAUAGUUAUUAAGACAAGGAUAUUGUAUAGCACAGAUUAAAAGAGAGCAUAAUUUUGUGCUAUAUACUAAGUUUGAUUUCCCCCAAAUUUUUAUUUUGUUUGAUUAAAUGUAAUUACUCAUAGAAAUCUUAAGAGUAUCAUUUUGGAUUUAUAAUUACCUCAGUUCUUCCAGUUGAAUGGCAACUUGAUUGUAAAAAAAAAAAAAAAAAGCAUGUUUUUGAAAAAAAAAAACCUGAAAAUGUGCUUUUAAAAGAGAGAUUUAAAAUUAAAACCUGGAGAUGUGACCUACAACUUUGCCUAUGGGAUGAACACAAGUUGUUUCUACUGUCAUCAUCACAUAAAGAACUUAGAUGAAAAACAAAUGCUUAAAUUUGCCAUUUAAUGCUGUUAGUAUACACAAACACACCUUAAAAUUGUGUCAUUUAAAUAGAAUUUUAGAGGAUGAUUAUAUUUCUCUUUAUUGUGUAAAGAACAUCUUUUUUGUCAUAUCAAAUAUAAAAAUGCCUUUGUACUACUUUAUAGUAACUAGAAUAUGAAUAUUUAUAUAUACCAAAACAUAUUUAUAUGCUAUGGUUUCAAGUAUCAUCUGCAUAUUGAAAUAAAAAUCCAUCUCAUUUC